AUGCCUCCAUUUUGGCCGAAUGGGGACUCUCCCGACUAUCCAGCAGCGGCUGUCGCCGGAAUAUACGCUAGAGAUGAUAGCAGUGAGAACACCGCUGGUACUUUGACUCCCGACGGCACGCACGUCUACAAUCUCUUCCCACGAAGCGACUCCGAUGAUUCUACCAAGCCAAAAUAUGGCCAAGGCACGAUCGACCCACAUAGCAUCAAAAUGCAAGGCCUGAUGGCAUUAUUUGCCAUUAUUGGACUUGCUUUUGCCGUGGGGGGUAUCUGGUUCUUCUUCUGGGCCAAGAAUGGCGGGUUCGUCUGGCACAAGGGCGACUGGGAUGACUACAAGUCCACUGUUCUGCGACGAAAAGGUCCCGACGGAAAGACUCUCAGUAACGCCACAGCGAGUACCAAACUUGGUGGGGGAAGUAUCGUCGGCAAGGACUACAACGACGACGCAUACACCUACACAGAAGGAUCAUACACCGACACAGCGACGACUAUCACAGAGAAGUCACGGGGCAAGAGGCUCAAAGAAUCAGCCAAAGAGAAGCUUCUCCGACGCAACAAGCACGAGCAAUGGGAAGGCGCAGAUGAUGCCGAUGUACGCGCCUACCGGGAAGAGAAACCCGCUCGCAUUGGCGGCAUGAACCGCGAAGCCGACGGCACCUACAACGGCAGCGACUACGACACCUCUGCCCCGCCCACCUCCUACCAACAGAGCGAGAUGAGCCAGGCUUACGACUUUGCUUACGAGCAGCCACGCCAUGCCCGCCGCGAUCCCUCUGGCUUCUCAUUCACUCAAGGUAGCGAGGACGUUAUCAGCCAAGUAACCGAAGAGCCUCGUGUCCGCGACCCAUCUACCCGCCGUCACAACCGCCGUCGUGAACGACAUAGCGAAGUUGGCCUAGCUGGCCCACCUCCCGCACCUUCAUCCCGCACUAGCAGUCCUCGCAAGCAACGCGAACGCCGCUCCGUGCCCCAGGGCCACUUUACUGAACCCCUGGAUUUCUCAUCUGCGGGCUCCCGUUCCGAGUACCAAUAUUCCAACGUUGACACAGAGGAUUCUGGUACAAAGAGCUACAAGCAUCCAAUUCCCGGCUUGACGAAGGGAUAUCGCCGUGAUGGACGCAGCCGUCGUCGCGAUAGUCUGAGUGAUAGUGAGGGCGAGACACAGUACUCUUGA